UCCCAACUGCCAUACAAAUUCAAUAAAAAUAUCAUACUUUCAGUCCCAAAAUGCCCAGCCACAUUUACUUGCCCUUCUUUCUUUCCUUGUCUACUUGUUAUAUAUAUAUAUAUGACCAUUUCCCAUGCAAGCCUAUCUCUCACAUUGCACAUGACCACCUUGUAUUCUGCUAUCUUAUGCCACAGUCAAGAUUUGCCAUGGAUUGGUUCUCCUGGCUAUCAAGAAGUGGCCUUGAGCCCUCACUGACCUACGAGUAUGGCCUUGCUUUCGCCCGAAAUGAGCUCCAAGAAGAGGAUUUAAGCCACUUCAACCAUGAGUUUUUGCAGAGUAUGGGCAUUUCAGUAGCCAAACACAGGCUGGAAAUACUCAAGCUUGCUAAGAAAGAAGUUGGUGCAAACACAACUGGAAUUUCCAAGUUCAUUUUGGCAAUCAACAAAACCAAAAAGAGCCUUAAGAAGUGUAUUAGCAAGUUGGUUUUCCAUGAGGAGUCUGUGUUUAAGGCAUUGCCAGAGCCGCUGUCUCGGUAUAGAGACGAGCAGAGCACAGGAGUCUUCACAAGAAAGUUCCAGGUAGAGAAGCCUCCAGUACUCAGGACCAGGAUACAAGCAAAAUCAGGUCCUUUGGAUGGAAGCAUGCCGGAAAAUUUGAUGCUGAACCACAGAAACCUGAAGCUAUCAGGGCCUUUAGAUGGAAGGCUGCCAGAAAAUUUGAUGCCUAUACCCAACAACAGAAGCGUAAAACUUUCUGGGCCUUUGGAUGUGAAAAUGCAAGAGAAGUUGGUGUUUGCUCAUAGGAGAUCAAACCCUGUACAGCAGAGUUUGAUGGCUGGAGGAAGAAGCCCAAGAAUACCUAGGCCAUUGGAUGGUCUCAAGCGGGACAGGGUGAUCAAUGAUGAUUUUGAUGAUCAGUCACAGUGGGCUCACCUUUUUGAGGACUUGAAACCCACUUGAAAUGGGUACUAUUUUUAAGUUUAUUCUCUAUCCAAUUUUCUCCCCUUCUUGUUCCUGUGAGUGUUGAUCUUGUUUCUGCUUCAUCCUUCAGAGAAACAAUCUCUGUAUGCUCCUUUUGCUUAUAUCUAAUGUUAAUCUGAUAUGAGUGUUUCAGUGUUAAGAAAAUUUCUUGAUGCAAGAUUCAAUACAGCUAUAAA